AUACAAGUCCCUCAAAGCUGUAGAAGCCAGCCCUCAAACCAAAAGGCGUUCAGCAGCACUGUCUCCGGAGGAUCUCACAGAUACAGAAUGGUACUAUUUGGUUUGCAUGUCCUUUGUAUUCAACAUUGGCUAAGGUGCACAAAGUGAUGGUAAAUCUGAUUAUGCAGGAGUUGCAAGCUAGAGGAAUUAACAAUAAGCAUACUCUUGCUUAUCAGAGUCGAGUGGGCCCGGUACAGUGGUUGAAACCAUAUACAGAUGAAACUCUCGUUGAGCUUGGUCAGAAAGGUGUGAGGAGUCUUUUAGCUGUUCCAGUGAGCUUUGUGAGUGAGCACAUAGAGACCCUUAAAGAAAUUGACAUGGAGUACAGGGAGUUUGGACGGUGCAUGUGAUCAAGUGGGGGUAAUGUGUGACAGUGUGAGCGUAGGUCCCUCUCCAAUUCCACCAACCCUUUGCUUUGGUUUUUGGUUCAUUAAAUACAAACCAGUAAAACCACGCAAUCCAAAAGGAAACAAACACAUGUUUUUGGCUUUCAUUUGAUUCCUUUUCAACUCAAAUCCCCAA